GAGGCGCUGAGGGAGUGUCCUAACAGGAAUGUGGUGCAACAGCGAAGGCUGGGUUAGGGUUGUGGAAGUGACUGGGAGGGGCAAGUCCGGCGGAGCGGGUGGGCGGAGGUUAUCGAGGGUCGGACAGAGGAAGGCCGACCUAGGGACGGGCGGUGGCGGCAGGUGGGCGUCAGGCUUGUAACAGUUGGAUUCACGCCGUGCUGUCGCCAUGACAGAGCUCUGCCCACCCCCUAACCCCCGUGUCCACCGGAAAGCAGGACAAGCUGCCACAGAGCAGACCUACUGUGACCGGCUGGUCCAGGACACACCUUUCCUGAUGGGCCACGGGCGCCUGAAUGAGCAGCAGGUGGACAAGAUCAUCCUCCAGCUGAACCGCUAUUACCCCCAGAUCCUCAGCAACAAGGAUGCAGAAAAGUUCCGGAACCCCAAGGCAUCCCUGCGUGUGCGGCUGUGUGACCUCUUGGGCCAUCUACAACGGAGCAACGAGAGGGAUUGCCAGGAGUUCUACCGAGCUCUAUACAUCCACGCCCAGCCCCUGCACCGCUGCCUGCCCAGCCGACGCACCUUGCAGAUCUCAGAUUGCACAGAGCUAGACUCGGGCACCGCAAGCCAUGAGCUCAGUGACAGGGGACCCAUGGCCUUUCUGGCCUGUCUCGGCCUGGCUGCGGGGCUGGCACUCCUCAUCUACUGCUGCCCUUCAGACUCCAAGGUGCUGCCAAGGGCCCGGCGUGUCCUGGGCUUCUCCCCCAUCAUUGUGGACAGGCACGUCAGCCGCUUUCUGCUGGCCUUCCUGACAGAAAACCUGGGGGACCUUUGAUGGACCAGGCCCCCUGCUGCCCAUCUCACACCAAAGAGCCCCAACGUUCCGCCCACCCAGGGUCCUACUGCUUUUCUAAAUGCUUAUAUUUCACUUUACAAUUAUUGUUCUCACUUUACAAUUACUGUAAGAAGCACUUCACCUACUCCUUACAAUGGUGGUCAGUGAUAUUAAAAGUGGGAGUCUUCUCCUUUCCAUCAGGA